UCCUCUCUUCUUCCUCAGAGCUUUUCCAUUAAUUUCGCUCUCAAUCUUUCUUUCUCUCUCUUCAAUUUCUCUCUCUCUCUACUUUUCCUUGGAAAAACAACUAAAGAGAGAAAAAUCAUCGUCAAAAGAAACUACUAGAAGAAGAGAAUAAUAAUCAUGAUGAAUGAAAAACACUGAUUUUUUUUUGAUUUUUGAAUCAUUUUUAAGAUUUGAUGAUCGUUUUUAAAAAAACUUAAUUUCAUCAAUUUGAUUUUGGCUUCGAGCUUCAUCUUGCUACCUUUCAUUUCGGGUAGAAGGACUGUAAUUGACGAAGUUUAGAAUGUCGAUGGCAAGUGUUGCUCUUAGUCCAGUUCAGAAGGAUUCCUUGACCAUCCCGAGCGUUCUGUCAGGCCAGCAUGGUUACUUGGCUAAUGAAUCGAUCUUGAUAUACCUAACUGUGGGAGGAUCGGUUGUUCCAAUUCGUGUGUUGGAGUCUGAUUCAGUUGCUUCUGUGAAGCUUAGAAUUCAGAAUCACAGAGGAUUUUUUGUGAAGAAUCAGAAGCUGGUUUUUGAUGGAAGAGAGCUGGCCCGUAAUGAUUCCCCUGUUCGGGACUAUGGGGUGGCGAAUGAAACUGUCUUGCACUUGGUCCUUCGUCUCUCGAAUAUUCAGGCUAUUAUCGUCAGGACUGUGUGUGGGAAGGAGUUUGAGUUCCACGUCGAGAGGAGUAGAAAUGUGGGGUACCUGAAACAGCAGAUUGCUAGGAGGGGUAAUGGUCUUUUUGAUCUUAAAGAUCAAGAAUUGCUUUGUGAUGGUGAGGAACUUCAGGACCAACAUCAGAUUCAGGAGUAUUGUAAAAACAAUGAUGCUGUUAUUCACUUAAUAGUUCAAAAAUCUGCCAAAGUGAGAAGUAAACCUGUUGAAAAGGACUUUGAAGUUUUGAUCUUGGCUUCCGAUCCAAAUGAGAAAGACGAUGGAGUUCAACCUGUCCACCCUCUUGGUGCACUAGGAAAACGGUUUUGUAGAGAGAUAAUUUUGGAACAGCUUAUCUUUAAUCCUAAGAUUGAGCUUCCAUUAGUGAUUAGGCAGCUUAUUAGUUCUACUUUUAGUGGGUUAGAUAAAGGAAACCAGCCCGUUAGGUCUUCUGAGGGCUGUGGAGGAGCAUAUUUUAUGCUUGAUCCAGCUGGUAAGAAUUACAUCUCAGUUUUCAAACCAAUGGAUGAGGAGCCAAUGGCUGUGAACAAUCCUAAUGGGCUACCUGAGUCAAAUAAUGGUGAAGGUUUGAAAAGGGGCACUCAAGUGGGAGGAGGUGCUCUUCGUGAAGUUGCAGCAUAUAUCCUGGAUCAUCCGAGGACUGGUCCUCGUUCUCUUUACCAUUCAGAGGCUGGAUUUGCGGGCAUUCCACCUACAGCUUUGGUGAAGUGCCUGCAUGAGGGGUUUUAUCAUCCUGAUGGAUUUGAGGGCUCUUUGGGAAACAUGAAGAUUGGCUCUCUGCAGAUGUAUAUGAAUAAUUCUGGGAGCUGUGAGGACAUGGGUCCUGGUGCUUUUCCAGUUGAAGAGGUUCACAAGAUCUCCGUUCUGGAUAUUAGGCUAGCCAAUGCAGACAGACAUGCUGGAAACAUUUUGGUCUCUCGAGACCAUGAAGGUCAAAUUGUGCUCAUUCCAAUUGAUCAUGGGUAUUGUUUGCCAAGCAAGUUUGAGGAUUGCACAUUCGAUUGGCUUUAUUGGCCUCAAGCACGUCAACCAUACUCCUCCGAAACCAUGAAAUACAUAGAUGCCCUUGAUGCUGAAGAAGAUAUUAGUUUGCUGAAGCUUCAUGGAUGGGACAUACCACCUGAUUGUGCUCGUGUAUUCCGAGUUUCCACUAUGCUCCUAAAGAAAGGUGUUGCUAGAGGGUUGACUCCUUUUGCCAUUGGAAGUAUCAUAUGUCGGGAAACCUUGAAUAAGGAAUCUAUGAUCGAGCGGAUUGUCCGAGAGGCAGAGGAAGCAUUGCUCCCGGAAUCAAGCGAGUCUGCAUUUCUGGAGACCAUCUCUUCAGUCAUGGAUCACUGGCUUGAUGAGCUCUCUGCAUAAAGCUUGUGCUAGUAGAUAUGCGACGAUAGUGUUGAAUAAUCUUGAAGAUGUAUUAGUGUGACAAAAUGUGACGAAACGAAGAAAAGUAAUCGACUCUCUAUCCUAUAUUUUGAUGGCUGUGCAGAGUCUAUGUAAACUAUAUGUGUAAGAUGCUACUCUGUAGUUGUUCCUCUUGUUUGUAGGGUAAUAAUGCUCGAUCUACAAAGGAACUCUAUCCUUUAUAGCUUGAGUUUCUCUCAAACUUGCUGGAGAACAAUGUUGAAUGUUGUGAAAUGAAAUUAUCAAUAAUAAUAUUAAUAAAGUUGUGUAGAAUAUAAAAGUAAAUGAGUUUUAUUAAA